CUCAGUUUUGAUGUGAGCCACAAUGGUGGCCUCCGUUAAUGUUCGUAUAUCCGUUGUUUUUGGCUAAAAACCAUAAGGUUGUCUGUGUUUUAAUGUUCCGUGCAGCAAACACAAAGAGCCUCGGUAAAGCGGGAACCAGCUGGCACUUUGGCAGGACGAUGGACGAGCUGGUCCACGACCUGGUGUCGGCGCUGGAAGAGAGCUCGGAGCAGGCCCGCGGCGGUGACGGCGGUGGCGUUGGCGGGCCCGAGCACGCUCUGGCCGUUGGCUGCCUGCUGAAGCGGCAGGCACGCAAACGCCGCGGCCGCAAACGGCGCUCCGACAACCCGCACCCGCCCUGGGGGGGCGACGCCGGCUGCGCCCACCACCACCACCAGCAGCAGCACCUGAGCGACGGCUCCGAGUCCAGCCUGGACGAGACGGGCGCCAGCAGGCACGGAGGCGGGCAUCAUGGGCACCACAACCACCACCACCACCACCACCAUAACAACCACAGCCACAGCCACGCACCCAGGGACCCCCAGAACAACCACAGCGACUCGGACGAACAGCUGGGGCCCAAGAGGCGGACCCCACUGCUGGCCGGGGACACCCACGCCCACCCCCACCCCCACGGCCGGAGCAAGAGGCCCUUGUGGCAUGAGGAGCCGGGCGGGGGUUGCGGAGGUGGUGGUGUUGGGGGGAGCGGGUGUGGUGUCGGGGUAGGAGCUGGUGGGGGUGGAGGAGGCUGUGGAGGUGUUCAUUUGGGGGUGGGGGGUGGGUGUGGAGGGGGGGCAGACGGCCUGGGCAUGCGUAGCCUGCGGCGACGGCGGAAGGUGAAGCGCAUGGCGGUGGACCCCCCGCAGGACGCGACCUCCCCAACCCCCCUAGCCAGCACCACCACCAGCUCCACCACCACCUCCAUGCUGCCUCCUCCUCCUCCUCUGCCCCUGCCCCUGCCCCGUGCACUGCCGGUAGGCUGUGAGGCCGGCGGCGGUGGUGGCGGCGGUGGCGGUGGAGGAGGAGGAGGAGCCUCGGCCAAGGGCGGGGUCAAGAAGAGGAAGCUGGGUGCUCAUAGGCUGGCGUCAGAGACGGCGGACGAGGGGGUGGUGAUGGAGAGCGAGGAAGGUGGAGGUGGAGGAGUGAGAGGAGGUGGUUUAGGAGGAGGAGGAGGAGGAGGAGGAGGUGGUUUAGGAGGAGCAGCAGCAGGAGGAGGAGGAGACGGGUGCGAUGCCAAGGACAAGAUGGAGUGUGAGGAGCACAAGGCGUCUGGAGAGGACAUGAGUGACAGGUGUGAGACCAGCAGUGUGAGCAACAGCAGCGAUGGAGGCCUCUUCACCAAUGAUGAGGGCAGACAAGCUGACGAUGAGCAGAGCGACUGGUUCUACGACGGGGAGCCGGGCGGGGCGUGUGGCAUCGCGGGGGUGGUGCCGUGGUGGGAGCGCGACGCCGCCGAGCUGGACCUCAACGACCCGGUCUUCAACAGCAUCCUCACCGGCUCCUUCCCCAUCAUGUCCAAGGACGCACAGAGAGGUUUCCAGGCCAGGCUGAACAGGCUACAGGGGGGCUCGUCGGGUGGUCAACACUCCCAGGGCAGUUCUGUGGGGCUGGGCUGUAUAGACAGGCUGGGCCGGCUGUCUCAGGACCCCGACACCCCUUGGUUUAACCCAGCAUCCAGGAGGGAUCACAACCAGCUACAUUGGGACUCAAGGACAGAGCGGGGACAUCGUAGGAGCUGCUCGUUAAAGACGGCCAGCAGACAAACGAGCGGUCACCUGGGCUCUCUGUGCACAGGGGACGUGAAGCGCAGGAGGAAGGCUGCACCAAUGGGGGCGCCCCCCACCACAGGGAUUGUGGGAGAGAACGCCCCGCCCAUCCCAGACAGCAACAUGGGGAACCGCAUGCUGCAGGGCAUGGGCUGGAGCCCUGGAUCAGGCCUGGGGCCCGAGGGCAGGGGCAUCACUGAGCCCGUACGAGCCCACCAGAGGCCCAAGGGUGCUGGGCUGGGCUUCAACUAGAGCCCCCAGGCUUCAGGCAACGGGGCCUGCUGGAGCGAAGACGCAUGAUAAAACCCAGCCCGCCCGCCCGCUCGCCCGCACGGCUGAAUGAGAGACCGGGAGAGACGGAGAGAGAGAUGGAAAACGACAGUGAACGAAUGAGGAAAGCAAGCAAACCGGAAGGGAGUGAAAAGAAGAGAUGGCACAAAGAGGGCGGAAAAAACGCAGACUGAGAACAAGGAGAGAGAAGUUGAGUGAAAAGAAAAGACAUGAAAAAAGGAAAAUGGAAAAACAAAGAUGACAAACGAAUGAAUGAUUGAAUGAAUGAAUGGAUGAAUGAAUCAAGAGGUCCUCUUCCCGUUAAAGUGCAGCAGUGUGUAUGGCUCACGGAGAGAGAGACCUAGUUAAUCAGGGAGAGAAUGAAGAACCGUGAAGAACCAGCACUGGACUGCCCAUGCCAUGAUCGUAGCAUCUUGGACUGCCCAUGCCAUGAUCAGAGCGGUAGCACCCUGGAGAAUGCAAACCAAAUGAGACACUCUAGAGUAUUCAAGAGUCCCACUGUGUCCGGAAUAUUGUUGUGGAUAGCAAGGGUGUGUGUGUGUGUGUGUGUGUG